AUGGCUGAAGAACUCACGGCACCGCCCAUUCUAUCUACGCCGGACACGCAUAUAUUGACCGAGACUUUAGACUCGGCACAAGAUCUGCCCGAGGCUCUGUCCGACGAGCAGAUAAAGACGAGAUAUGAAAUAAGCAGGACGGUUGACGAGAUCAGGCAGCGGAAGUGGAAGCGUGUGGCACUGCAAUUCCCCGAUCAGAUGCUGCCACACUCUGCACGAGUCUACCAGCUGUUGACCCGUGGGUUGUCAGAAAACGCGAGGCCAGCCAUCCCAGAUCAGAAUGGCACCUCUCAGGGUCCGCUGAAUGCCAAUGAAGGCUUAUUAUCCGAACUGUCAAUGGAAGACGCAAAGCCUGUCAAACUCACCAUCUUGGGCGACACGUCUUAUGGCUCAUGCUGCGUUGAUGAGAUCGCAGCCGAGCAUGUCGACGCCGAUGCAGUGGUCCACUACGGCAGAGCUUGCUUGUCUCCCACCGCAAGGCUUCCCGUUCUGCAUAUCUACACUACUAUGGAUCUGGACCGAAGUGACGUGGUCAAUUCAUUCCAGGCGGCGUUCCCAGACCUAGCUGCCAAGGUGGUCUUGACAGCUGACGUUCCGUUUGCCGCUCAUGUGCAGCCACUGUUCAAGGAUCUCGAGCAAAGCGGCUAUACGAAUCUAUAUGCGGCUUCGAUUGUCCACGACCCGUCCUCGGCAAUUCCAAAUCGCACAGUGCCGAGUUCAGUUUCUGGAGACCCGUCAUCUCUCUCAGAAUGGAGUCUCUUCCAUAUCUCUGACCCGCCAACUUCGCUUCUCCUGACGCUCCAUUCUCGAAUGGCAAGUAUCAGGAUCUACCCAACCGGCAGUAUGCCUAGCUCCUCGACUCCAGCUUCGAUAUCAUCCGUCAGCCUGGAAACGUCCACCGCCCAACUGCUACGCCGCCGUUACGCACUCAUCACAUCACUCACCACCGUUUCCGCAUGGGGCAUCUUAAUCAAUACUCUUUCGGUCAAGAACUACCUCUCCAUCCUGUCACAUAUCCAGUCGUUGAUCUCCCGCGCCGGCAAGAAGUCCUAUCUCUUCGUGGUUGGCAAACUCAACCCGGCCAAGCUAGCAAACUUCUCCGAGAUUGGCGGAUGGGUCGUCAUCGGCUGCUGGGAGAGUUCGCUUGUGGAUAGCAGAGAUUUCUUCCGGCCGGUAGUCACUCCGGCCGAAUUGGGGAUGGUGUUGGUAGGAGACGAAGCCAGAGUCUGGACAGGCGAGUGGAGAGCAGAUUUUCAGCGUGUGCUGGAAGAGGCCCAGAGCAGGAGUGGGCAAGAGCGCGCAGGAGUAUUGGAACAGCAGAGUGGGCCACUGGAACCUGAAGCCGACAUCAUUCGCGAUGGCGAGAUUGAUAUGGAUUCCGAGUCGGAGGAUGAACCACCCGAAUUUGACCUCCGAACUGGGCGAUACGUCUCACGUCCACGACCGGUGCAAAGAAUCCGACCUGCCGUUCAGCCCCCCGCACAAAGUUCCACUGCACUCACCAAGAAAUCAAAGGGCGCUCUGAUCAGCGUCAACGGCAUCGCCUCCCCCGGGGCCGACUAUCUCGCCCAGAAGCGCUCUUGGCGUGGCUUAGGCAGCGACUUCGAUGUCAAAUAUGAGGAAGUCGAGGCUCAAACAGGCGGCCUUAUCGAAGAGGGCAGGACCGGUGUUGCAAGCGGAUACACGGUCGGUGAGGAUGAGUUGAGGACUUGA